AUGGCGGCGGUGGCGGAGGAGGCCCGGCUGCUGGCCUGGCUGCGCGGCCCCGCGGCCCCGGCACACGGCGGCCCCGAGCUCUCCGCUUACGUGUCCGAGCUGGCGGGGCUGGGGCUGGCGGAGCUGGGCCGGGAACCGGCGCGGUUGGCCGCGGAACGGGCGCGGGUCGGGGCCGAGACCCGGCGCUUGGCCUUCGAGCACUACCGGGCGUUCAUCCGCUCCGCUGAGUGCACCGGGCGCGCCGGGAGAGGCUUCGGCGGCAUCGAGAGCCGACUGGGCAGCCUGCUGGACCGCCUGCCCGCCCUCCAGGAUGCCUGCCGGAGUUUCAUGCGUGAGGCUGAGCAGAUCGCCUGCAGCCGUCGGAUGAACAGCCUGACCCUGAACCGCCACACGGAGAUCCUGGAGAUCCUGGAGAUCCCGCAGCUGAUGGACACCUGUGUGCGGAACGGGUACUACGAGGAGGCCCUGGAGCUGGCUGCCUACGUGCGGCGGCUGGAGAGGAAGCACAGCAGCAUCCCUGUCAUCCAGGGCAUCGUGGGGGAGGUCCGUCAGUCGGCCCAGCUGAUGCUGACCCAGCUGCUGCAGCAGCUCCGCACCAACCUGCAGCUGCCGUGCUGCCUGCGGGUCAUCGGCUUCCUGCGCCGCAUGGACGUGCUGACCGAGCCCGAGCUGCGCCUCAAGUUCCUGCAGGCGCGGGACGCCUGGCUGCGCUCCGUCCUGGCCGCCAUCCCGCACCACGACCCCUACUUCCACCUCACCAAAACCGUCGAGGCCUGCCGCGUGCACCUCUUCGACGUCGUCACGCAGUACCGCGCCAUCUUCUCUGACGAGGAGCCCCUGGUGCCGCCGUCCCCCCCGGGCCCCGGCGCGGGGCGGCCCCUCCACGAGGCGGCCAUCUUCCACGGCUGGGUGCUGCAGAAGGUCUCCGAGUUCCUGCGGACCUUGGAGCGGGACCUGCAGCGCGGGGCGGGCGGGCGGCUGGACUCGCUGCUGGGGCAGUGCAUGUACUUCGGGCUCUCCUUCAGCAGGGUGGGGGUCGAUUUCCGCGGGCAGUUGGCCCCCAUCUUCCAACGCGUCGCCGCCGACGCCUUCCGGAAGGCGGUGGAGGAAACGGUGGAGAAAUUUCGUGAGGAAAUGAAUUCCUACACCCUCAUCUCCACCCCGGCUGUCCUGGGAGGGGGCAGCGCGGGGGUGCCGGUGCCCUCGGCUCAGCCGGGCACGCUGCAGCCCCCCAUGGUGCUGCUGGAUUUCCCACCCCUCGCCUGUUUCCUCAACGGGCUCCUCGUCGCCUUCAACGACCUGCGGCUCUGCUGCCCCGUGGCCCUGGCCCAGGAUGUCACCACCUGCCUGGAGGACGCCCUGGGUGAGGUGACCAAAACCAUCCUGGCUUUCCACCGAGCGGAGGAAGCAGCUUUCAGCGGGCGGGAGCAGGAGCUCUUUGUCCAGUUCUGCACCGUGUUCCUGGAAGAUCUUCUCCCUUACCUCAACCGCUGCCUCCAGGUCCUCUUUCCUCCGGCACAGAUCGCUCAGGCACUGGGUGUGCCCCCCACCCACCUGCAGCGUUUCAGCCGGCUGGGCUGCAUCGACGUGGCGGCCCUGAGGGCGCCAUUGGCUUUCCUGCUGCCGGAGUCACCUCAGGAGCUCCCCCCGUGCCUGGAGACCCUCCCUGGGGAGGGGAAGACCCCUCCUGAGGAAGGGGCUCCGCUUCCCGACGCCCCCACUGCCGCAGAGUAGGGGGGGUGGUAGGGCCGGGCUGUG